AUGUCCUUAGGAUUAAUUGCCUCUUUCAACGAGCUGCAAACCCUGUUCUCCACCAGGUUCAUGACACACAAGGAAGAAAGGAAAACAAGUAUGCAUUUGGGACGCAUUCAACAAGGGAAAGAUGAAUCACUAAGAAGCUAUGUGAAACGUUUCAAUCUAGAGGCCGGGCAGAUCCCAGACCUACCCGACGGCGUCUCUUUCGAUAAUUUUAUCAGGGGAUUGAAGAAAGGAUCCUUCAAGUUUGACUUAGUCAAGAAGAGUGUACGGACUAUGGCCGAAGUUUUGGAUGAGGCUGAAGCAUUCAUCCAUGCAACAGAAAUAUGCAGCGCGUCAAAAGAUGGAAAGACUGGUGAAGCAACAGAUUCCUCAGGAAAGAAAGACAAAAUAGACCGAAAGGCCCCACGCGUAAAUGGUACUUAG